UGUGCUCUCAUCAAAUACCGACUUUACAUUUCUCACUAUUUGGAGGACACCCGGACUCAAGCCAUUGCAGGUCCAUGGGUUUUCUCUCUCUAGACCUCUGCAUUCGCUAAUUCUGCGCUCCCAGCUGAUCCAAGAGAGGUAUUUCAUCUCUCUACUCUCAUAACCCAAUCCCUUUCUCUCUCUAAAAGCCAUGUCCAUUUGCUCUUCUUUCCGUGUUUUCUCCCCCAAUAUCACCCCAACUCUCUACACCCGAAAAACCCUUUCUCUCUCUAUUCAAUUCAUAUCAAAACCAUUAACCCCCUCGUCUUUAAACUCCAAUUCAUGCGUUUUCCCUUUGAUUUCUCUUAGAAAAGAACCCAAAUCAAGGCAUUUUUCAGUUUCACUUUCCCCCAUUUCCAUGCAAGCUGUAGAGGAGCUCCCACCCAAGCUCAAAAACACUGUAGAACUCUUCCAAUCUGUUCAAGAUCCAAGAACCAAAUAUGAACAGUUGCUCUACUAUGGUAGGAAAUUGAACCCACUUGGAAAUGAAUUCAAAACCAGGGAAAACAAGGUAGAAGGGUGUGUUUCUCAAGUAUGGGUCAGAGCUUACCUUGAUGAUAGUAAGAAUGUUUGGUUCGAAGCUGAUUCUGAUGCAGUUUUGACAAAGGGGCUUGCUGCUCUUUUAGUUGAGGGGCUUUCAGGGAACUCACCUCCUGAAAUUGUGAAAAUUUCACCUGAUUUUAUUCACAUUAUGGGUCUUAACCAGAGCUUAUCACCAUCAAGAAAUAAUGGGUUUCUCAAUAUGUUCAAAUUGAUGCAAAGGAAAGCUCUGCAACUUUAUAUUGAAUCAGAGAAAAGUGAGGACCAAAAGGAGUUGAGGAGCUUAGGGAGUAAUGGGUCUUCGGUGGAAGCCCAACAGAUUGAAGUUUCAGAGAAGCCUAGUGAAAGUGCUGAUGUGAAGAGCCAUGAAAACGAAAUGGGUUUUACCGUUUUAUCAGAAAGAGGAGAGAGAAUAAUAGAGAAGUUAGAGAGAGAAUUGGUGCCUAUUGAAUUGGAGGUGGAAGAUGUCUCUUAUCAACAUGCUGGUCAUAUGGGUGCAAAGGGAGAGGGUGGGGAAACCCAUUUUAAUUUGAGAAUUGUGUCUGAUAAGUUUGAGGGUAAGAGCUUGAUCAAGCGCCAUAGGCUUGUUUAUGAUUUAUUGAAAGAGGAGUUAGACAGUGGGUUACAUGCUCUUUCCAUUGUGGCAAAGACUCCUUCUGAAAACUAAGUUGAAAUGAACUGUGGCUCUCAUUAAAGAGAAUAAAGAGGUGCCAUACUGCAUUGGACCUCUCCUAUUAUCAUGAUUCUCCAGGAAAUCACAGUAAUGACUGGGGUUCGAUUUCAAAAUAUGAUGGUAAAAAUGAUAAUUUAUAUUGCAAUCUUGGCGAAUGUAAUUCAAGUUUGCAAAUGAAGGGUCUUCGUCCCUUGAUUUAAGUCAUCUUUCAGAAGGGUCAUACAUGAAAUGCGUGAAUUUUAUCUUAUACUUGCAUAUGGCUAGUAUGAUUGUAAUGAUCUGUUGAUAUUACGAUCAGUUGGGACAUAUGGAGAUGAACCAAAUACAUAUGGGUGUGUGGAAACUAUUUAACCAUGUGUGGCAUCAUUCUGCUAGAUAGGAUGCAUUCCAUUUGUUCACAUAUAAACCUGAUGCAUGUAAGCAGUUGUAGGUACAAUAUCGGCGAAGUUACCUUGAAUGAAUUCAAAAUGUUUGUUGAGCUUUCACAUAUAGCUGUUGGCCGCACCCCAUUUCGCAUCAUAAUAUCUCCAAAUCAUCAUAUUGGAGGCUGGUUCUGGUUUUGAUUUUAAACAUGUUGAUGAUAGAAUCAUUCCUCGUUUGCAAUAUUGGUCAAUAUAAUUGUCUUUUUUCUUCCCAUUACAAUGGAGCCCUGGAGUCAAUAUGAAUAAGUUUGCCAAAAAACGCUGUGUUUUAUCCAUUGAUUACUUUUAGUCAUAUGCUGAGUUGUCUGUGGAUGUGGACUGUGUUUCAUGUUUAUAAUUGUAAAACAACUUGGGUAAUCACAGGAAUUAGGUUUUAUUUCCCAUGUUGGUUAUGCUAAAGCAGUCCUUUCUUUUGCAAUCUUGGCUGAUUUGAUUCAACUGACAGAAACUUGAGGCACAUAACUCCGUUCUUAACUGGGAUUAUUG